GCAGUGAUCACGCAACGCGCGCCGCGACCGCCCGCGUCCGCCAUUUUGUUCAGUGACGUCACAACCGGUCAGAGACAAGAAACCAAGAUGGCCGACUCGCAAGUGCGCGCGUUCUACGCUGGCAAAAAUUUCUUCAUCACCGGCGGCACGGGGUUCGUAGGCUUGUGCCUGCUGGAGAGGAUCCUGAGGAGUCUGCCUGACGCUGGCAAGGUGUACCUGCUGAUGCGGCCGAAGAAAGGGAAAAAGAUAGAGGAGCGGCUUGAAGAGUUUCCGAAGAAUUCGAUUUUCGAAACCCUCCUCAAAACCAACACACCCGAUAUCUUCAAAAAACUAGUACCCAUAGCGGGUGACGUCGGGGAACCGAACCUGGGACUCAGCGCUGAAGACCGUCAGCUGCUGGUGGACAAUGUCAACGUUAUCAUACAUUCUGCUGCUACAUUAGACUUUGAGGAGGGCUUGAAACCGACUGUGAAAAUUAAUGUGCUUGGGACGAGAAGAGUUAUGGAGUUGGCUGGGCAGGUUAAGAAUUUGAAGGUCAUGAUCCACGUAUCAUCAGCGUACGUCAACUCGUAUCUCCACGAGGCCCGAGAAAAGCUCUACGACGCACCAGAAGACGUCGAACAAGUCAUAGCCUUAGUCGACACUCUUUCUGACGAAGCCCUUGCAGUUGUAGAACCAAAACUGUUAAAAACACAUCCAAAUACUUACACUUUCACUAAGCAUUUAGCUGAGCAUGAGGUCGCGAAGUAUGCGGAUAAAUUCCCGUGUACUAUAGUAAGACCUAGCAUGAUUGUUGCUGCUUGGAAAGAGCCGGUUCCCGGUUGGACUUGUUCAAAAGUUGGGCCUCAAGGUUUCUUAAUGGGUGCCUCAAAAGGCGUUGUCCGAAGACUGCCUUUAGCUGUCAAUAACAUCGCAGAUUAUAUUCCUGUAGAUAUAGUGGUUAAUGAAUUAUUGGUAGCUGGUUAUCAAUCAGCAAAAUCUGACACAGGUCUGCUUGCAAUAUACCAUUGUACUUCAUCAACUCAAAAGCCAUACCGCUGGGCGAUGCUUGAAGAUACUGUUAAUGAAACUUUACAUAAAUACCCGUUGAAAAGCGCCGUAUGGUAUCCGCAUCUCAAAUUCGUUAAUUCUCUGUUAAUGUUCAGAAUUUCCGCCAUCUUCGUCCACUUCAUACCAGCUAUUCUCCUUGAUAUGGUUUUACGUGUGACUGGAGGUCGUCCUAUAUUAUUCAGAUUGCAUAAAAACGUAUGGAACUCGCUAAACAGACUUGAAAAGUUUAUCUUUACUGAAUGGAAGUUCCAUAAUACUAAUUCUAUUGAGCUAGCUGGUAAAAUGAAUAGUACUGACAGUAAGCUAUUUUAUAUAGAUAUAUCUGGUAUCGAAUGGAAACCUUACUUUACCGCCUUGCAUUUGGGAGUAAGAAGAUACCUAAAUCGUGAGAAAGAAUCUACUUUAGAGGCAGCGAGAGGUAAAGAUACCGUGUUGCUGGUUCUUCAUGUAACUUGGCAGCUUUUGAUAAUUUAUUUUUUCUGGUAUCUUGUAGCUUGCCUGACUGGAUUAACCAUGACACAGAGUGCGUGGUGUGUGCCGGCGUUAUAUAUUUUGUAUAGUUAUUUAUAGAUUGUUAUAGCUAUUUAUAUAUGUCGUUGCCAGUUUUAUGAUGUUAUUGGUUGGUUAUUGGUAUCAUGAAGUGAUCAAUUCUAAAAUGGCAUUACAUGAAAUGAUUAAACUACUGAUCUGAGCUUAUUUACUUGCAACGUAACAUUUUUUGUUAACAAUAUUAUAGCAACUUCAGCUGCUGACUGUACAGUCGCCAUUAGAUAUAUCGGAGCGGCCGAGGCGCCCACAAAUAUCUAAACCCGCCUCUAUUGUCAAGGCGUUAGAGUGCGUGUUCAGAUAUUUUUGAGCAUCUCGGCUGCUCCGAUAUAUCUAAUGGCGACUGUACAUAUCUAUGAUCUUUUGAUACUUUAAUUAUAAGUUAAUGCUCUACGGCCUACGUAUAAGAGCGUUUUCACAUUGUCCAAUCCGAUAUCGAAUGUCGGAAGGAAGUAAAAUGUAAGAUAUGUACAUGUUCUCUGUAUUUAUUUAUGCAUUUAAUAAAUCAUUAUUACUUAAAAACGAUAAAUAACGCAAAAAAGGCGAACUUAAUGCCAAUGGCAUCCUCCUGCAGCUGUUUUUGUCAUAGGCGCCUUCCGACAUCUGAUAUCGGAAAGGCGCUUCCGAUAAAUUCAGCUAUGUCGGAGCCCCCCGUCAGCUGUCGGACCGAUAAUAUUUGUUUGUGUGCGUAUGUGUAGGCAUAAUGCUUGUUGGUAGUGUGCGUGGACGCUAAAGACGGUGCCCGGGCGCGCCCCCUCGGCCUGACUACGCGAAUGUAGGAUUCUAAAUCCGAUAUUGGAUCGGACAAUGUGAAAACGCUCUAAAGAGGGCGUUUUAAUUUAAAUGUGAAAUAUUUUUCAUCAAAUAUUUUAUAUGGACCAUUACUAAAUAUUGAGUUAUAAGGGUAAAUCGCCCCAAAUAGUUUUUUUUAUAGGUAACGACGCACAUAUGUGCCAUUUUCAAUCAAAAGGGUACUUAUUGUCGGUUGUCGUUAAGGCGCUAUUUCCAUACAGAUUCAAUUUGAAAUCGACCUUAUUGACAAGCGACAAUGUGGUACCUUUUGGUUGAAAAUGUCACAUAUGUUACUUUAACAUUAAGUUUGUUAUAAAUAUUAUUUUAUUAAGUACGGACAAUGGUAGUUUUAAUAAGGAAUUAUAUUUUCGUUGUUAUAAUGAUAUUAAAAAUGGUAUUUAUAUACAAAAUACACUUGUUAUUAUUACAGAAAUAGCAUUAACAAGGCUUAAAAUUUGUUAAUUGUGGAUAUUACUGCAAUGUUCUGCCACCAGAGUGCAGCACUAGCCUUUUUAGUAUACCAUAUUAGAGUAACUUAUACAUACUUUAACAGGUUUUUGACAAGUUUUCAGAGAUAAUAAAAUAUAACAUUGAUGCAUCAAGGCGGUUUGUUUAAUAAUUAUGUAUUCAGUGUAUCUUUCCAGUAAUUUAUCUGUCAAAGGACAAGAAAGUCAUAAAACACUUUUUAGAGCAAUAUUAGAAACAUCCCAGGUAGCAAAAUGACGUAAAAUGACGUCAGCGACGUCAUAAUGACGGCAUUAUUACGUCAUUAUGACGUCCCUGACGUCAUUUGACGUCAUUUUGCUACCUGGGAUGUCACUGUGUAUGGUUUCUUUUAUAAUGUAUAACUAGCGACCCGCCCCGGCUACGUACGGGUUACACAAAACCUUUACAAAUUAUACACUAGAACCUUCCUCGAGAAUUACUCUAUUGAUAGGUGAAAACCGCAUCAAAAUCCGUUGCGUAGUUUUAAAGAUCAAAGCAUACAUAGGGACAGACAGACAGCGGAAAACGAAUUUGUUUUAUACUAUGUAGUGAAGAGUGUGAUAUCGAAAGAUUGGACUGCAUUCUAACUGCAAAUUUUAUACUGCGAGGGCGAAGUAUAGUUUAGAUAUUGGAGUUGAAAUGCAGUUAAUCUGUCCCAUUCCUAAACAUUUUUUUUUUAUAUAAAGUUCCCUUAAUCAUACACAAAAAAGAAAGAAAAAUAAUAUUUUUUUAUAUAUUUUUAAUGUAUAGGUAUUUAAAUAUUGUGGAGGUGGUCGUUAAUACAUAUUUAUUUUUGAAA